UACUUGCGUUGUCAUUGUCGAUUUGUUUGACAUGGACUACUGCAUGACUUUGUAGUGUAGAUGAAUUUGUCUGUCAAGAUCAAGACGCAUCGACAGGCCUUGCGGUGUCGCGACACUUCGUCGAGAUUUGGUUCACACCGCGACGCUUCAUCGCGAGCCAUUUCACCACCCUGCUGUCGAGCAGCGCGGUUCUGGCAAGACUAGCAGUCACGGUUCGGACCACUGAUCCUCCGAUCCGGUUUGUGAACUGCAAAUUAUUUUUCAGCCACUGACCUGGUGAAUGUUUGCCCGCCCCAGCCUCACGUGUGGUUCUGAACAGAACACCAGCCGCUGCAAGUCACCCAUGUCCCAAAGAGCACUGUCACCUUACCAUUUCGCAGGCCUGGCGGAAAAACUUCAGCAGAGAUCAUGGACAUGGAAAAGCUGAUUAUGUCGCCUGACCGGGCUGAAGAUGUGGCCAAAGCUUCCGCUUCCACCAGACAAGAGCUCUGCCUUGACAAUGACAUGCCUGCGUCAGAAAUGGACAAUCUGCUGCAGGAUGACACAAGUACAGCCUCACAGAAAGAACGUGACAACAAAAAUGCAGACGGAAAGGUCGGAGGAUCAUUUUCUCGGGCAAAAGGCCUUAGCGCGUUCUCUGCUAGCGGAAUGAUCAUGGUGUCCAUUGUGCUUCCUAUAUCAAUGCCAUAUGCCUUGGCACAGGCAUCCUUGGUUGGUGGUGUAAUGCUUAUAAUAUUGGGAGCAAUGGUUAUGUUGUACAUGGCUAUGCUAGUGGGCAGAUGCUGGGUGAUUAUGAUGGAAACUUGGCCCGAUCGGUACAGUCAUCAGAAAGUGAGACGUGUCUACCCUGCUAUAGCCAAGGAGGCCGGUGGUCGUUUCUGGGAAAUAGCUACUCUGAUCUCAGUGGACUUCACAAACUUUGGAAUUGCUGUCGUAAUGCUUCUCGCUGCAGCAUCAAUGGCAGAUGUGUUAUUGCCUGGUCACUUCUCUGUUAGGAUAUUGGCAGUGUUUGGGUCAAUUCUUCUUCUACCUCUGGUUUCUUUUGGCACUAUGAUGGAUGCUUGGUGGUUGGGAACGUUAGGAGUGCCACUAACAUUGUCUGCCGGACUCACUAUGCUGCUUGCAGUUAUCUUGAGUAAAGUGUACCCUGAAAACACAAUUUCACACCCAGGCUCACCAAUAGCCAGUCAUCAGACAAUGAUGAUAUCUCAAACAAACAUGACAUCAUCUCCCUGGACGAUGACAUCAUCUCCCUGGACGAUGACAUCAUCACCAUUAUCAUCCACAGGAUCUGCUAUUCAGCUCCACAAGACCAGCAGUAACGUCACGUUCCCCUCAUUCUGGAUUGGCUUGUCGACAAUAGUAUUUGCCAUGUCACCAAUGUCCAUCACGCCCACAGUGCAACAUGACAUGCGCAUGCCGGAACACUACACACGCGCCGUCUUCCCUGCGUUUACUACUUCAGUUCUGAUGUGCUUGUCUAUAGGAGUGGUUGGCGUGGAGGCUUUCGGCCAACACUCCCAUCCAAACACACUCAGCAGUGUGCGAUGUCGCAGCUCCCCAACAGUGCAGGUCGUCGGCAAGAUCAGCUCUGCGUUCAAUUGUAUUUAUAGCCUGGGUAUCGUACUGCUAUCACUGCUACCACUAUCGCAACACCUGGAGGAGGCAGUAAAUCUACCUGCAAAAGUUGGUUUCAAGCACAUCCUGGCUCGCGUAAGCACCUUAGUGCUUACUCUUGCUGUGGGCUUGGCUCUGCCUGAAUUCCACAAGUAUGCCUCGUUGAUUGGUGCAUCGUCAAUGGCGCUCAACAACUUCAUCUUUCCCCCACUGUUCUACUAUUGGAUUGUGAAGAAAGCUACCGGUGUUACCUUGCACCGCGCUCAGAUAGGUUUCUUUCUAUUUGUGCUGGUCGUCGGCGUAAUUACUGGACUUGCCGGGACCUAUGCUGCAAUUCGGAAUAUUGUUGUAAACUCAAGGUCGCCACUCUGUUAGCUCCGUCACUGUAGUAAGCUGUGAUAACCAUACAGGCAUACAGGCAUAGGAUCACACACUCUCAGCAGUCUGGACAGGUCUAGGAAUCGUCCUCGAUCUCGCCUUCAAAUUUCCUCUGGAAGGACUAGACUUGGUGUGAGAUGUACAUGUACAUGACAUAUUGCAUUGUAUAUCCUCGUUGUUUGAUGUACAUGUACAUUGUAUAUGUAUA